GCUCUCCAUGAGCCGCGCCCUGCGUCCACACGCCGAGGCGGCGGGGCGAUGCGCUUGCGCACUCGGAGCUCACACCAUAUGUGCCCUGUCCCAGUGCGCGGGUCUGUGGAGAGCCGGGUGCGAGAGGCGGCAGCGCGCGGCGGGGGACGGAGCCGAGCGGAGACCGAAGUCGGUCGGGGGACAGUGGGUCUGUGAGAGACCGAAUAGAGGGCCUGGGGCUGCGAGCGCCGCUGACACACGAUGGGAAAGAAGCAGAAAAACAAGAGCGAAGACAGUGCCAAGGAUGACAUUGAUCUUGAUGCCUUGGCUGCAGAGAUAGAAGGAGCUGGUGCUGCCAAGGAACAGGAACCUCAAAAGGCAAAGGGGAAAAAGAAAAAGGAGAAAAAAAAGCAAGAUUUUGAUGAAGAUGAUAUCCUGAAAGAACUGGAAGAAUUGUCUUGGGAAGCUCAAGGCAUCAAAGCUGACAGAGAAACUGCUACAGCAAAGCCAACAGAAAGUAAUGAAGAUGAAUCCACCUCAAAACAAGAUAAAAAAAAGAAAGGACAGAAAGGCAAAAAACAAAGUUUUGAAGAUAAUGAUAGUGAAGAAUUGGAAGAUAAAGAUUCAAAAUCAAAAAAGACUGCAAAACCCAAAGUGGAAAUGGACUCUGGGAGUGAUGAUGAUGAUGAUUUUAGUAAACUCUCCAAAAAAGCUAAAGGGAAAGCUCAAAAAUCAAAUAAGAAGCGGGAUGGGUCAGAAGAGGAUGAGGAUAACAGUAAAAGAAUUAAAGAUUGUAUGAGAGUACCUUCUUCUGGUGAAAGUAGUGAUGAAUCAGAUGAAUUUUUGCAGUCCAGGAAAGGACAGAAAAAAAAUCAGAAAAAUAAGCCAGGUCCUAAUGUAGAGAGUGGGAAUGAAGAUGACGACUCCUUCAAAAUUAAGACAAUGGCUCAAAAGAAGGCAGAAAAGAAAGAGCGUGAGAGAAAAAAGCGGGAUGAAGAAAAGGCAAAACUGCGGAAGCUGAAAGAAAAAGAAGAGCUAGAAUCUGGUAAAAAGGAUCAGAGUAAACCAAAAGAAUCUCAAAGGAAAUCUGAAGAGGAAGCUAUAAAAUCCAAAGUGACUCUUGAUUCUGGAGCACCUCCUGCCUCUGAAGAGAAAGGAGAGGCUCGCACAGCUGCUGAAGAUGACAAUGAAGGAGACAAAAAGAAAAAAGAUAAGAAGAAAAAGAAAGGAGAAAAGGAAGAAAAAGAAAAAGAGAAGAAAAAAGGACCUAGCAAAGCCACAGUUAAGGCUAUGCAAGAAGCUCUGGCUAAGCUUAAAGAAGAAGAGGAAAGACAGAAGAGAGAAGAGGAAGAACGGAUAAAACGGCUUGAAGAAUUGGAAGCCAAGCGUAAAGAAGAGGAAAGAUUGGAACAAGAAAAAAGAGAAAGGAAAAAGCAAAAAGAAAAGGAAAGAAAAGAACGCUUGAAAAAAGAAGGGAAACUUUUAACUAAAUCCCAGAGAGAAGCCAGAGCCAGAGCCGAAGCUACCCUUAAACUUCUACAAGCUCAGGGUGUUGAAGUGCCAUCAAAAGACUCUUUGCCAAAGAAAAGGCCAAUUUAUGAAGAUAAAAAGAAGAAAAAAACACCACAGCAGCUGGAAAAUAAAGUAUGUGAACCAAUGGAAUUAAGUGCUGCUGUAGAAGUUGUGGAACAAGGAGUACCUGAAAAAGAAGAGACACCACCUCCUGUUGAACCAGAAGAGGAAGAAGAAACUGAGGAUGCUGGAUUGGAUGAUUGGGAAGCUAUGGCUAGUGAUGAGGAGAGAGAAACAGUAGGAAACACGGUGCAUAUAGAAGUAAAAGAAAACCCUGAAGAGGAAGAGGAGGAAGAGGAGGAGGAGGAGGAUGACGAAGAGAGUGAAGAAGAAGAGGAAGAAGAAGGAGACAGUGAAGGCAGUGAAGGCGAUGAAGAAGAUGAAAAGGUGUCAGAUGAGAAGGAUGUGGGGAAAACAUUAGAUAAAAAGCCAAGUAAAGAAGUGAGCUCAGAAUCUGAGUAUGACUCUGAUGAUGAUCGAACUAAAGAAGAACGGGCUUAUGACAAAGCAAAACGGAGGAUCGAGAAACGGAGACUUGAACAUAGUAAAAACAUAAAUACAGAGAAGCUAAGAGCUCCUGUUAUUUGUGUACUUGGACAUGUGGACACAGGGAAGACAAAAAUUCUAGAUAAACUCCGUCACACGCAUGUACAAGAUGGUGAAGCAGGUGGUAUUACGCAGCAAAUUGGUGCCACCAAUGUUCCUCUUGAAGCUAUUAAUGAACAAACGAAGAUGAUUAAAAAUUUUGAUAGAGAGAAUGUACGGAUUCCAGGAAUGCUGAUUAUUGACACGCCGGGGCAUGAGUCUUUCAGUAAUCUGAGAAACAGAGGAAGCUCUCUUUGUGAUAUUGCCAUUUUAGUUGUUGAUAUUAUGCAUGGUUUGGAGCCCCAGACAAUUGAAUCUAUCAACCUUUUGAAAUCUAAAAAAUGUCCCUUCAUUGUUGCACUCAAUAAGAUUGAUAGGUUGUAUGAUUGGAAAAAGAGCCCCGACUCUGAUGUGGCUGCUACUUUAAAGAAGCAGAAAAAGAACACAAAAGAUGAAUUUGAGGAGCGAGCAAAGGCUAUUAUUGUGGAAUUUGCACAGCAGGGGUUGAACGCAGCUUUGUUUUAUGAGAAUAAAGAUCCUCGCACUUUUGUGUCCUUGGUACCUACCUCUGCACAUACUGGUGAUGGCAUGGGAAGUCUGAUCUACCUUCUUGUCGAGUUAACUCAGACCAUGUUGAGUAAGAGACUUGCACACUGUGAAGAGCUGAGAGCACAGGUGAUGGAGGUUAAGGCUCUUCCAGGAAUGGGCACCACUAUAGAUGUAAUAUUGAUCAACGGGCGUUUGAAGGAAGGAGAUACAAUUAUUGUUCCCGGAGUAGAAGGGCCCAUUGUCACUCAGAUUCGAGGCCUCCUAUUACCUCCUCCUAUGAAGGAGUUAAGAGUAAAGAACCAAUAUGAAAAGCAUAAAGAAGUAGAAGCAGCUCAGGGGGUAAAGAUUCUUGGAAAAGACCUGGAAAAAACAUUGGCUGGUUUACCCCUCCUCGUGGCUUAUAAAGAAGAUGAAAUCCCAAUUCUUAAAGAUGAACUGAUCCAUGAGUUAAAGCAGACACUAAAUGCUAUCAAAUUAGAAGAGAAAGGAGUCUAUGUCCAGGCAUCUACACUGGGAUCUCUGGAAGCUCUACUUGAAUUUCUGAAAACAUCAGAAGUGCCCUAUGCAGGAAUUAACAUUGGUCCCGUCCAUAAGAAAGAUGUUAUGAAGGCUUCGGUGAUGUUGGAACAUGAUCCUCAGUAUGCAGUAAUUUUGGCCUUUGAUGUGAGAAUUGAACGGGAUGCGCAAGAAAUGGCUGACAGUUUAGGAGUUAGAAUUUUUAGUGCAGAAAUUAUUUAUCAUUUAUUUGAUGCCUUUACGAAAUAUAGACAAGACUACAAGAAACAGAAACAAGAAGAAUUUAAACACAUAGCAGUAUUUCCCUGCAAGAUAAAAAUUCUCCCUCAGUUUAUUUUCAAUUCUCGAGAUCCGAUAGUGAUGGGCGUGACUGUGGAAGCAGGCCAGGUGAAGCAGGGGACACCCAUGUGCGUGCCUAGCAAAAAUUUUGUUGACAUUGGAAUAGUAACAAGUAUUGAAGUAAACCAUAAACAAGUGGAUGUUGCAAAAAAAGGACAGGAAGUCUGUGUCAAAAUAGAACCCAUCCCUGGUGAAUCUCCCAAAAUGUACGGAAGACAUUUUGAAGCUACAGAUAUUAUCGUCAGUAAGAUCAGCCGGCAGUCCAUCGACGCCCUCAAAGACUGGUUCAGAGACGAAAUGCAGAAGAGUGACUGGCAGUUAAUUGUGGAGCUGAAGAAAGUGUUUGAGAUCAUCUGACUUUUCCACACGGGUCAGGAAUUGGAGUAAACGCAAAAUGGUGUUGUCAUACUACCAAGAAAACAAGGCAGACAAUGGAACGGACCUAUCUGAAAACUGACGAGCUAAGCAUAGAAGGAAGAAAAUAGGUGUAUAAGAUGUUUUCCAUGAGAAACCAAGAAACUUACACUGGUUUGACAGUGGUCGAUUACACGUCCCCACAGCUCCGGCGUGCCUGCUCACUCGUCCACGCCUUGCCCAGUCCUCCUCUACUGGCUGCUGUUUUAAAGGUUGCCCUUCCCCAAAUUUGGAUUUUUAUUACAGAUCUAAAGCUCUUUCAAUUUUAUACUGAUUAAAUCAGUACUGCAGUAUUUGAUUAACCAAGCUUCUGCAGAUUUUCUGAUUCUUGGGACUUUUUUGAGGUAAGAAAUACUUAUUUAUGUAUAUCCUUCCCACAGUGGUGGUUUUCUUUUUCUUUCCCCCAUGCGUUCUUCUGCCAUAUGCCCUUAGGAAUUUUUUAAACUAGAAAAUUAGGCAUUCUGGUAUUUAUCUGCUUUUGUGUGAAACCACGGUGUAAAGCAUAACUGGCUGCUAUUUACUGCUUGUGUGGUCAUGAGAGUCCACUGUAAUCAAUCAAUCAGCACAGUUCUGAACUCCAAUAAAGAACCCAGACAUUGACCCGCGAGCUCUGCUAGGCUUCAUGUCAGUCAGUCAGUGUAGCUGCUCUUCUGUGAGUCUCCAUCCCCGUGCAGCUCGUUCUCUCAAACUAUUUUAUUAACUAAACUCAUACCUUGUGUACUAGCACAUGUUAACAUUAGGAAUUCUUAUACAUCAAUCAAUCUUGGUCUAUUUUGUCCUAGCAAAUUCUAUCAUGCAUACAUUUUCUGAUGAGACAAUCAGUAGGGUGUUGAUUACCUGUUCGGACUUAGUGUAAACACUAAAUUGUUACAGAGACAUCAUAAUGGUUUCUUCAUAUUAGUAAUCUGAUUGUAGCUAGUUUGUUAUGGUUUUCCUGAAGAAUGUGGGAAGUGGGUCCCUGAGGUAAGAGAUCUAUUAGCAUCAGAGUAAUUCUUCUGGCAGAUCCCUAAUAUCUGACUACCUAUUUAUAGCACAGUGUUGAAUGAAGUCAGUGUAGGGUGUUGGAAGAAAAUGUUCCUGAGUAUUCACUGGCAUAAACUAUAUUUUUAAAGUGUUAUGGCAUAACAUAUAGCAUAGAAAAAUACUUUUAUAUACAUUUGAAAAUCUGGACCAUUCUUCAUUAAUGAUUAUUGACGUUUCUCAAGGGCCAGCAGAGGCAAAGACAAAACCGCUAAACCAUCUGGGGGACAUAAUUUUUCCCAGGAAAAACUUAAAUCCUCAAUUGUGUGUGUGUGUGUGCUAAUUCAAAAUAUGUAAAUUCCUCCACUUGAAAGAAGUAAAGAAGAUUUUCUUAACA